AUGGAUAAUGAGCCGAAGGCGUACGAAAAGCUGAAGGAGGAUCUGAAGAAGUCUCUGCAAGAGCAGAAGGAUCUCGAAGACGAGUUCGACCGUCUGCAGCAGGAAAUCUACGAUAAGGAGACCGAGUACUUUGGAGGCAAGAGCAGUGGUAGCGUGUCGAUGGGGUUCGGCAAGACAAGCUGCGGGGGUAAUAUCAUAAGGGGUUUCGAUGCAUUCAACAAGUCGCACCACGGUCACGGCCACGGUCACGAAUCGAGCAGCCAUUUCACCAACGACGACCGGCUGUUUUCCCUCAGCAGCGCAGUGUUCGUUAAGCAGUUACGGCAGGAGGACUCACAAGAUCAUAUAGAGUAG